UGAUAAUGGCGUUGGCUACACAAGCAUGACAGAGAAGAAGAGAUUAAAAAUGGAUGAUUAUAUAAAAGUAGAGAAGAUUGGAGAAGGAACAUAUGGAGUGGUGUAUAAAGGAAAAAACAGAAAAACUGGACGAUUAGUUGCCUUAAAGAAAAUAAGAUUGGAAAGUGAAGAUGAAGGUGUUCCAUCUACAGCCAUAAGAGAAAUAUCACUGUUAAAAGAACUGAAUCAUAUCAACAUUGUUCGUUUACAAGAUGUACUUAUGCAACAAAAUCGGCUGUAUUUGGUUUUUGAAUAUUUAUCAAUGGAUCUAAAAAAAUAUUUGGACAGUAUUCCUAGUGGGCAGUAUAUGGAUAAGAUGCUUGUCAAGGUAAAUAUUAAAUAUAUAUUAAAAUAA